CAGAGUGACGAGUUUCACUGAAAGUCCCGCCUUAUUCGGCGCACAGAAAUCGGAUUGGGUGGAAUUUGAUCGCGGAGGAGUCCUCCUUGAAUGUAAUUGGUCGAAAACGUUCGCACGGACUUGCCCACCUUCCCAUCGCUGUAUAAAUGCGCGAGAGCUGCUGCGCCAUGUUAUCGAGGAAGGCGUUUGAGAUCACGACCGCACCUAGAAGAGAGAACCAACGGUUAGUCGCUAGAAACUCCGCCAUCACCGAAUCAAACGAGUUUUGUUUAUUUUCAUUCGUUAGCUUUACAUCUCCGUCACCGGCCGGCGAAGCAGCUGGCCGAGACGCUUUUCGAUUUUUCCCACUCGCUAAUCUUUAGGCCCAAGCGGCUGCCAUGGAUUUUUAAGGCAUAAUGCGGCGCGUCUAAGGCAAUGGCAAUGCAUCAUGCAAGGCAAACUCACCAGCGACCCUCCGUCCCCACAACUGCCAAGCAGUUGGGCUCGAAUACCGUCCGCGGUAUACCUGCGAGCCAGCCGGUGCCCCUGCUCCUGGACCGGAGGAAGCUAACGCUAGCGAGCUAGUCGCAUUAGCGCGCAGGCGUCGCGUGAAGUAUACCCGACCCAUCGAUUCAUCCGAACGUCAUCAACACUGCCGAUCAACAUGAAGCCUCAAGACAUCGUCGCCGCGAAGGCCAGCCUGUGGAUCUUCGGGUACGGGUCACUGGUGUGGAAGCCCGACUUCAAGUACAGGAGGAGCGAGGUCGGCCACAUCCAGGGCUACAAGAGACGUUUCUGGCAUGGAGACAACUUCCAUCGCGGCAACGACGAGUUGCCCGGAAGAGUGGUGACGCUGAUCGAAGAUGAUGACGCGAGCACCUGGGGUGUGGCGUUCGAGGUCACGGGCUCUCAAGUGGAAGAGUCCCUGAAGUACCUCGACGUGCGCGAGACCGUCUGCGGUGGCUACGUCACCAAGAUGGUGGAUUUCUUCCCCCAGGGGGAGAGCCAGCCGCCGGUCCAGGCGCUGGUGUACAUCGCCACCGCGGACAACGCCAUGUACCUGGGGCCGGCCGGUCCGGAGGAGAUCGGCGCCCAGAUUGCUGUGUGCAGAGGGAAGACGGGCCACAACCUGGAGUACCUGCUCCGGCUGGCCCAGUUCAUGAGGAGCAGCUGCCCAGAUGUGGAGGACCAUCACCUGUUCUCCAUCGAGACGGCGGCACUGACCGUGGUGUCCUGUCUGUUAGCAGCCAGUAGUUCGUACCCUGUGUCCAACUAGCUUAUUGUGGAUGAAUACAUUACACUACACACAACACUGAGGCUAUUCCUCCGUCAGGCCAGUCAACCUGGGUUUUAUGUUGUGAAAUCUACACUCACUGUACCAUCCAGUCUUCAUGCAUCCAUUAAAUGCUACUGAAGUGAUGACAAAAUAAAUGCACGAUAUCAAGUUUAUUUAUUUUUCUUUCUGGAGCUUGACUUCAUGUUCACAUUAUAAUGCAAACCUUGCGCACGUUUGUACAUCUACAAAGAGCACGAUCACUGACUUGUUAACUGUAAAAAUCUGUUUUUAAAAGACAUCUUACGACUUCAUUUUUAUUUGCACAGUUCUGAUUCCGUCCCGCGCAUUCAGACGGCGCAGCAGUUCAUUGUGGUUGUUCAGAAAAUUCACCAAAUGGCUGCUGUGACGUACUGUAAAGGUGUUUAAUUUGAAUUUUGAUGGAAGUUGCUUGCAACAUUACUGUCCCAUGAAUAUGUCAAAUAAAAAGUCAAAAGAA